AUGGCGAUGGCGAACUUCGCGUGCGUGAUGGCGUGGGCCGUCUUUUCCUCCGUCAUCUUCAACCCGGCAGGCGCCGCCGCCGCCGCCGCCGCCGCGCCGCCCAAGCCCGUGGACUGCUCCACCGUCACCUUCGGCAUGAUGGACUGUCUCGGCUACGUGAGCGCUGGUAGCGAGGCGGACCAGCCCGACGACUCCUGUUGCGAGGGCGUCCUGGCGGCGGCGCAGCUCGGUCUUCCCUGCCUCUGCGAGGCCCUCCACGAGGCGGCCUUCAUGAAUGUCAACCUCAACAUCUCCCGCGCCGCCCGUCUCGCCGCUGCCUGCCAUGUCUACGUUCCCCCCUCCACCAGCUGCAACGGUACAAUGGAUGCGGGCAUGUGAUAAUGCACUCUCCGUGACAUAAUUAUUAUUUAGAAAUAUAUUUUAGAUAGCAAAUUGAAUCCCUAUAAGCCAGUCGAAUGAUGUUGACGACGACAUUCUUUGUAAUCUCUCAGCGGCACGCUCUCCACACGCUGGUGGGGCUCCUGCUGGUAUGGAAACUCUUCAUAAUACAUCGUGAAGCUCUCUGUGAUUACUGCGUCCCCCCGAGUUACCACCUCCGCCUGAUAUUUUGCUUGCCAUAGUGCCGUCGAAGCCACAGACUGCUGUAUCUUCUUCUCCGUCACCGUUGCCGGCGCCGGCGGAACCGCGCCGCCUGGUCUCUCCCGCCGAGCCCCCCACAACGACGACUCUCGGAUCUCCAGCGCCGGUGGAACAGCGCCGCCCGUUCUCUCCUGCCGAGUCGCCUCCAUCGACUCUCAAAUCCCCGGCGACUGGGACGGUGACGGUGACGGUGCCCUCAGGGUGUUCAUCUCUCGCGGUUGGUCUCGUCUGUCUCGUGCUCGGUGUCACUGUCACUGCAGCGUCUCUCCAAAUAUAA